AUGUUCAACGGCUUCAACACACCCAUACCCCCCAGCGACGCUGAGCUUGCCACCCAGACACUAAACGAAGAAGCCAGCUACCGCUUCUCCUUCUUCACAGCGAAUGAUGCCGUGACACUGGGCCUCUCUCUGCGAAAACGAUUUCGUGCCUCAUCGCGGCAUGGGAAGGGAAAAGGACUUGUUAUUUCUAUUCAGACUAUCGCAGGGCACACGCUAUUUGCUUGUACGGUUGGAGACCUUGGGGGACUGUCCGGCGUCGGGGAUGUCAGUCUCGAUAGCUGGACCUGCAUUGAGGGAAUGAUUGCAGUCGUUCGACGGACGGGUCAUUCAAGCUACUACGUGGAGAAAGGCAUGGGUGCCAUGGGCAAGACACCAAAACAGAUAGGUAUCCAAGGCGAAUACCGAAUUAAUGGAGGAGCGUUUCCAAUAUGGCUGGAGAAUGCUCCUUGUUGUCCAAUUGCAAUCGUCGCAUGCUAUUCGGGGUCGAGUGCGGACGACCACCAUCUGGUUGUCGCCGCUGUCAGGGACUACUUGAAGAAAAGGAGAGAAAGUACUGAUGCCCCGCUUAUGUCGGGUUCAAUACCGAUGCCUGUGCCAGCAGCUCGAGAGAACACAAUCCGAGAAAGCACCAUCCGGGAAAGCACUGUGGGUCCUUACACUGAGCUUUCCGUCGUUGACACUAAAGGAGUCAUCUUUAUGAUUGAAGGCUUGGCAAACUGA